UCGCAGUGCAGGCAUUGUACCUCUGUUUAAACUCACACUUCCACGUCAAUAUUUGGGAUACGCUUGUCGUAUUUAUAUUCUAUAAAGAAGCACCGCAACCAUAAUACUUCGCCUCGAGUUGGGUAAUACUGUUGAGUAUGGAUCAAUAGUAGAGCAACUGCCCAUCGACCAGAUGGCGGAUCUUGAAUAUAAAACCCUACAAAGAGGUCAAAGCCUCGGCCGCGACUUCCGUUCUGGAAGCCCAGAAGCCAAUAAGGCUGAUGAUGAUGAGCCAUACUUUUCAAAUGAUGACAUCCGUAUUAUGCACGAGAUUUGUGUCCGUGCCCAAGAUGACUAUGAAGCACUGCCCGAUCCUAAGCCAACCUUCUCAAAGGUGGUAUUUAACGCCUACCACGAGAUUUUGGAAAGCUAUGGCAUCACCCCUGAAAAAGAGGAUCCCCGGGCUAGCUUACUCUUCCUCGUUGUUGGAGAAUCAGGCCCUCUGUCACUUCCAGAAAGAUAUGAGCUAGUUCUUGGCAGGAAACGUAUAGCACUAGACUUCGGCGAGACUACUGUUGACACAUCUCUACAAUCACAAAGAACGGCAACAUCAGUCAGUACUGAAUCUUCAGAAGUCAGAACAAAAUUACCAAAGGAGCAAGGCAACGCAGUCAUUGAAGACAGCCGUGAGCCCCCACAAUGGCAAGAACGGGCUCGUAAACGAAGGGAAGCACGCGAGCUACAAAGACAACAAGAUAAGGAGCAUUUUGAAGCUUCUGGGAGGGAUAUUGAGUUAGUACGAAAGCAGUCUGAUGAGCUUAUGAGAAGGGUAGACGAAGCGAAGCAGAGAGCCGACGCUACGAGCGCUGCGUCUUCUACUAUCAGCCUUCAAGAUGCAGAAGCAUCAGCCGAGUUCAGAGAACGAUUAGUCAGACGACACCAAGAAUUUCGAAACGAACGUCAAGCUAGCGCAUUGCGCCAAGAACGCAACGCGGAACGCAGAAGACAACAAUCGGCUGAACGCCAAGCAACGAGCCCCCGGAGAAGCUCUCGUGGCUCCUCGCCGGUGAAUCGAGACGAAGACAUUUGGAUGACUCAAGCUGAUCUCUCUCGUCGACCACAAACACCAGAAGAAGUCUCGAAAUCGUUAUUUGAGAAGGCUGGCAGGGCUCGAGAAAUAUUCCUGGCCAGCAAAUAUUUUAACGUCUGGGCCGAACGAACUGCUACUAGACUUGAACGCGAAGCAGUUGCCCGGCGUCAUAUGAUAAGAUUUCGAUGUUUUCAGGGCUGGUCCAAGACCCCAGCCUCACUAUUACCAGCAGCUCAGCACUUAACUACACUUACAGCGGUCGAAAAACUGAAGCGAGCAACUGUAACACAGGAACUACAGCUAAGUUCGGCAUCCUCUGCUGUUGCCCAAGGCAGGCUGAUCGAUAGAGCGAAAGGCUGCCUGAAUCGAUGGCAUUGUCACCUCAACGAGCGAACCACACUUGCAAAUGCUGUUUCUCAGACUGUCAAUGGGGCUCUAACGGCUUGGGCGAACCACACAAGAGAUGGAUCGACACGGGUUGCAGACAAUACAAAAUUACUCCAGCGUCAUCAGAUUCAACGCGAUUUCAUCAAAUGGUCGUCCAAGGCCAGCCAGUUUUCAAGAUGGGUCCGCGCGUGUCGUGAGGCUAGCGAUGCUGAGAAGAUAUUGGCUACAGCGGAUACAUGGUACAAUUUUAAUCAAGAGAUGGGGGCAGCCAAGUCAUUCAAAGCGGGGAUACUAGAUGACAAAAGGCAGCAAGCUGUAAAUCUUUGGAGACUGCAGACUAGAGAGUCUGCAUUCCGAGGAAAGGUCGAGUACCUUCGUGCGCUUCGAUCGGUUCAGCGGUGGCAGCAGUCCGCUCAGAGUAAUGUUGGGAGAGACAUUUUAGCGGCGUCAUACUUUAAAGCACAGUCUGCUACAGCGACUCUUCAACAGUGGAGGAAAGGCGCCAAAGUUGCCCCGAAGUUGGCUCGCUUUGCUGCGCGAUCGCAAACGUACAUUGCUGCGCACAAACUCCUUGACACGCUGGAAAAUGAACACAAGAGGGUUGUACAGAAAAAGAAGGACACAAUCCGUUUAGUUAUGAGAAUUCAGUAUAAAGCUGCGUCAGCACGGAGGAAACGUCGCUUGUUUGAUUCCUCACUCAACAAAUGGGUGUCCCUCGCUACCGAUCUAGAACGACAGACGCAGAGUGCUACAAGCGAAGCUGCACAACACAGCCGGCAUCGCAAAACGGUCACCUUUGACACAUGGGCAAUUAUGGGCUAUGUUAACCAACUCCGACGGGAGACAGCCCGGAGGAGCGAGGCCAACAGAACCAUCGAUAAAUGGGCAACAGUUGCCACAGUGUCGAACAAUGUUGGUUCUGAUGCUCGUCAUUAUCAUUAUCAGACACUUACAAGGGAUAAUUUGCGGGUUUGGUCGAGAUCCAAUCUUCAAAACAGCGGACAGCAUCACACCGCCAGCAAAGUUAGAGAACAGCACGACAAUGAGCUCCGUCGUCGUCGGUUUUAUCAGUGGCGGCUAUGGAGGUCAGAUAAGGCCCGGCCUUCAUACUUGCCAGGAUCUGCACCCCCAGCAAAUUUUCGUUCUAGCCGAGGGAGUCGGUUCAAGAACCUGAGCUACAACCCCAUGAAUCGCAGCCUUCAAACUGCAGUUGACACGCCCACGAGAUGGACAGGCAAUGCACGCCCACUGGCUUCCUUGAGCGAAGCUGCGCCUCCUUUUAGUGGGCGAAGAACCCUCUAUAGCAAGAGGGUAUGAUGAACUAUAACAGGGAACUGUCGGGCGUUUUUUUUUUUGGUUUUAGAUACCUAUUGAUAGCAUUAUUUGGCGUUUGUUUGUGUGGGCGAUUAUUGCUAUGCUUGACGCUUCUUGUAUACUAUAUAUGAUGACUGUAAUGACUCAAAUAGCAUCAAUUUAUAAAUUAGCCUGCAG